UUUCUAAAUUAUGUACAUUUCACCCAGUAUGUCUAUUGUUUAACAGUUUAUUUGUUCUUGUUUGGUCUUCUGACAGGUUUUUUUGGAACCUUUGUUUGUUCAACUUAUAUGCACCAUCCCUUCCACUUUAGAAUUAUAUUUAUUUUCCCAACAAUUCAUUCUUCCUCUUUUGGUUAUUAUUACUUUGGUUUUUCAGUGUGCCCAAAAGGUACUCCAUUUCAUUUUCCUGACGUUAUGCAAUACACUGUGGUUUGGUUUAAGCUGGACAUCCCUGACAUCGAAGUCGCUGAAAUUCCUGAAUGUAUGCGACGACACCUGUUCGAGCAUACCAGCCAGUAUGCUCGCCUUUUGUAUGGAGCCACAUCAUGGACUGUCAAAGUUGACAAUUACUGCUUCACCGAUGGAUUUGUGGAGUUAUUCAUCGAAAAUGACAUUGAAUAUGGCUCAUAUGCUCUCCUACGCCACGUGGGCAAUUUCACUUUUGAAGUUUACAUGUUUGACAAACAAGGCUACUCCCUAAACCUCGCUGGAACUCCUGUUGGUUGUUCAAACCCUCUGCAUACCCCUGAUGACUUCCUUGUGUACGUUGAAUCCUCUUUCGAAGAUUACUCAUACGGGAUAUUGUAUGAUCCUCCCUCAUUUCUCUAUGUCCCCAAAAAAACAUCUAAGGAAUGGUGUGAAGGUUUCUUGCGGUCAUGCAGUGGCUUGAGAAAAUGCUUGCGGAUCUAUUAUGGCAAAGACGACGCUUGCUUUACUACUGGAGAACAACCCUUUCUGCAGAAAAUUCAAAUGACUUUUGAACUGAAGCGCAGCUCAACUCUCUUCUUCGUCAAACAUGGCUGCGGUGGGGCACUACUACUUGUUAUUUCAAAAUGCGGUAUCGAGGAACUUCCAAAAGAAACAAAUGCAUAUGAAAUACGUACUGCUGCCACAGGUGAUUCUGCAGCACUACUUCAGUAACAUUUGCACCACCCCUAAAAUGUAAUGCCCCUCUAACCGGCAGCUGCAAACUCUGUGCAAUCUAGAGCACUUGUGUGUUGUUGUAACUGAUCCUUGGAGAUUCAUGCUCAACUUGUUUCUGUUUUGUGCUAAUGCAAACACUUGCUGUUUUGA